UAUCUAACUUUCCGCAAUUAGCUAUAUUGCAAUUUUUCUUGUUUACUUCGAGAUUAUUGGCUUAAUUACUUUCCUUUUCGGACAAAUAUUUAUUUUGUAAACAAUAUAAUCUCACUUUGUUGUUCGCCUUAUUUCACUAUAUGCACACAUACAUCUCUUACCGAAAGUAUUCAAUGUUAAUACAGUAGUUAAAUUCUUGCCUCCUGUUUCAGCAAGUGCUAACACUUCUGGCUCCUUCUUUCGUGUUAUUGCAACGUUAUGCCUCUUAAGCCGCUUGUUAUCCCAACACUGAUACCUCACCUAUUUUUACGGCGGUAUUAGUACGAUUUCUUAACGACUAUCGCGAACAAUUUUAAAAAUAACACGAAAACAAGAUGGAUAAAUAUUUGAACGUCUGGUCCUGUUCCCAGUGAUCAUUGAUACACUCUGACCAGUUGGAACAAUAAAGAGAACAGUUUCCAGCUUUUUCUUUCUAGUCGCCGAUUUCUUCGUUUAUCUUCCGCGGUUGUCGAAGAACUUGUAUUUUUAAUUCAAUAGUAGAAAAUUUAGGAAUCAAAGUUUUGAAGAAUUCAGCGUUCAAGCUAACAAGUUCUUUGGAUUUUUAAUAUUGUUUCCGUGAAUUUUCUUGAAAAUUUUUAAUUGCAAAAUUUCGCGUAACACCGGAAAUUAUGAAAAGUAUAAAUAUUCCAUAGUUAUGAUAAAACUAAAUAACACAGUUAAGAUGGAAAAAAAAAUAAUCGUUACGAAGUUGAGAAUUUCCUCAGUAUCGUCGCAUGAGCGUCAAGUUGGACAUCCAGAGAUUUCAAAUUGCUGGGAAUUGUAUUUUUAUAAGAAGAAGUUAUUCCUGAAAAUCAUGCAGAUCUAUUUAUAAAGUUGCAAUUAUUUCCUUGAAAAUUUCCCCGGGAAGACAACAAUGUAUCUAACUCAUGAACACGUGUACAUUAGUAUUCGUGAUUGAUAAAGAACGCGACUUAUCAGUAGGUUUAUUGUUAACAGAAGAUUCGUGAAGAAAACGCGCUAACAUAGAAAUCGACGUAUCCGACGCUCUUUAUCACUAAAUAUCGACAUUUAUACGUAUAUAUGUCUCGUAUCGAUAAAGAAAUGAUCCUCGUUCUCGGAACAAGAUUUUGGUUUUAUCCUAUCUAGGGAAUGUAAUCCGUUUGCUAGAUUAUAUUUAUACCGUUUAGGUUAUUUUUUUUUUUUCAUGUUACUUGAAUCGAUAUUCAGGAAGAUCUUUAUUGAACCGAGGUUAUUGAUUUAAACGCAAACAAAUAAAAAUAAUGCAUUGAAUUGAUGUCAAGUUUGUUGGUCAACAGGACAUCAGAAUUUGAUUUUAGAUUAUCAUUAAUUUGAUAAAGAUAAGAUAUAUUUAUAUUUCUAUUUUAAUUUUGCAUUUUAUAUGUAAAAUUAUGUCCAAUUCGUAUUUUCUGGGAAGAUAUUUCUAGACAAAUGAGUAAAGUACAUAGCAAUCUGUACAGCUACGAUAGGAGCUAUCUAUUCAUAAGUCUGCUUGAAAGUGGAUCAUUUAUUGUUCGUAGCUUGCAAUUAGCUGUCUGGUUCGAACUAGGUCUACAAUGGAAUUGUUUCGCUCGUGAUUUUAGGCGGAAGGAAAAUUUAUUGUAAUCUAACGGCUUAAUUUGAAUUUUUUCGAUUAUAUUUGUAACGAAUACAUAUUUCUAGCCCUUUGGAAUUUUAUUUUAACGCAGCUUAAAUAGUCGUAUUUGGCUAGAAAUACUCGAGUAGAAAGUUGAAACACAGUUAGCUAUGAUAAAUGACUUGUCGAAGAGAUACGAAGCACUAACACAGCAAAUAGAAAAUGAUAAACAGCUGGAGGAUUAUUUGGAUAGUUAGGGAGUGAAGAUAUGACAUAUAUUUACAAUGAUUGAUGUGUAUAUAAACAGAUGCCGAUCUAAGCAUGGGGGCGGGCGCAGCUGGAGGAUCGGUCCUCAGUUUGCCAGGAUCGGGGGUAGGUGGCGUGCUUUCGCAGCACUGUGCGAUAUGCGGUGAUCGCGCAACUGGUAAGCACUAUGGCGCUGCUUCUUGCGACGGAUGCAAGGGUUUUUUCCGGCGAUCAGUCAGAAAGAACCAUCUUUACACCUGCAGAUUUACUAGAAAUUGUGUAGUAGAUAAGGACAAGAGGAAUCAAUGUAGGUACUGCAGAUUAAGGAAAUGUUUCAAGGCUGGCAUGAAAAAGGAAGCCGUACAAAAUGAAAGAGAUCGGAUAAGUUGUAGAAGGCCAAGCUAUGAAGAACAAAGUAACAACGGAAGCGGGCUUUCUGUUGUUUCUCUUCUUCAGGCGGAAAUGCUUAGUAGACAAGUUGGUGCUGCUCUCGAGCUAGGCAGUCCGAACAGCGAUAUAGACCUGAGCACAAAACAAAUCGCCAACAUAAACGACGUUUGCGAUAGUAUGAAGCAGCAACUUCUUAUCCUGGUCGAAUGGGCCAAGUACAUACCCGCUUUCAGCGAAUUAACCCUUGAUGAUCAAGUAGCACUCUUAAGGGCACACGCGGGUGAACAUCUUCUCCUAGGUGUUGCCAGACGCAGCAUGCAAUUGCAAGAUGUCCUUCUUCUCGGAAACAAUUGUAUCAUAACCAAGAAUUGUCCUGUCAUAUCAUUAUCCGCAGAGGGCCGUAAUCAGGACCUGGACAUCAGCAAGGUUGGUAUCAGGGUAAUGGAUGAAUUGGUGAAGCCUUUGAACGAGGUGCAGAUCGACGAUACAGAGUUUGCUUGCUUAAAGGCCAUCGUCUUUUUCGAUCCCAAUGCAAAAGGCCUAAGUGAACCACAGCGAAUCAAGCAACUGCGUUAUCAAAUUCAGAUUAACUUGGAGGAUUACAUAAGUGACCGACAAUACGAUAGUCGUGGUCGUUUUGGUGAGAUCCUCCUAACUUUACCAGCUUUACAGUCCAUUUCUUGGCAAAUGAUCGAACAAAUCCAGUUUGUCAGACUGUUUGGAGUCGCACACAUUGACAACUUGCUGCAAGAGAUGCUCUUAGGUGGUGCAACAGCAGAGAUCAACGGUGUUGCAACACCAAUACCAAUUUCAAACGCUCCUGGUAGUUAUGUGAGCAGCAACGAGAGUCCUAGCAGUCCUUUGACCCCAACAAAUAUGGCUCCAUUAAGUCCUCAGGAUCAUAUGCUGAGUAGUGGAAGUCCUGUAAUGAUCCUGAGGGAUCUUACACCUAUUUCGAAUCAAGAAGACGUGACUAGUGUAACAGGAUUCAGGAUGUUUAAACAGGAGCCCAGUCUUGAAACUGAAUCAACCUUUUAAUGAUAUUAAAAGACGUUAGAGUUUAAAGAUUCUGGCGCAUUGAUUAACAAAACGCAUAAUUACUGACACGUCAACUCUAUAAACGUGAAAUAUCUAUACAGAAACUUAAAAUAUUGUGGAAGAAUGCAGAAGGACUUUUAAGAUCAAAUUUAAAUGAUUAAACUUUAUUAGUAAGAGUUAAUAUAUUAAUUUUCUCGGAUUUUUGGAACAAGGGUGCAUUCUACGAGAGUUUGUAGUCUACUUGAACGUUUGAAAUUUUUCACAUAAAACAUAUUGCAAUAUGAUGCCAGAAGAUGUUUCUUAAAACGAAUUCUUUGACCGAAAAGAAAAUAAUUGGAGAGUUAUCAAAAAACAAGAAAGAAUUUAGUUUGUGUGUCAUAAAACUGGGAGCUUUCCUUGGAUGAUUGAUUUUCAAAUGUUUAAAUGGGAGACAAAUAUUGAGAAUACAUUAAAAGAAAUUCACAAAUUUUAAGAUGGAUGGAAAAGGAAAGAUUCCACAUAGUCUAUAAAACAUAAAAUUUUUUAAAAUGACAUUAUUUGUUUUAUUACUUCUCAACUUUUUGUGAUUUGAGUGAAUCAAAAGAACUUGUUGAAGAUAUUUAAAGAUGAUACAUAAGAUGGAGGACUGCUUCCAAACAUUUUUAAAGAUCUUGAAACAUACGAUAAGAUUUUCGAAAAGGUAUCGGAAUUCUUAAGAGAUCCCAAAAGCAAGAAUGGAUUUUUAAAAAUCAAGGUUUUAUCAACCUUGCGACGAGAAACUCAGAUUUUUUAACGAUCUCUAGUGAUCUUUUUGAACAAUUUUUAAAUGCUAGUGAUAAUUCUUAUUUGAUUUACAAAUAAACAGAACAUUUUUUUAUUCA